CAUUAGCCAGUGAGUUAUUGAUGUGGGAAAGUUCUGGAAUUAUGGUCAAAAAACUCAUCAUUUUGGCGUACUCGGGUGGUUUGGAUACUAGUUGUAUCCUAAAAUGGUUGAUAGAGAAAAACUAUGAUGUGGUCUGUUAUAUGGCUGAUAUUGGACAGGACGAAGACUUCAACAAGGCUCGCGAAAAGGCCAAACUUAUAGGAGCCAAAGAUGUAAUAGUGGAGGAUCUUCGCAAGGAGUUUGUAUCCAGCUACAUGUUACCAGCGGUGCAGAUGGGUCUGGUGUACGAGAGCCGCUACUACCUGGGCACGUCGCUCGCACGACCCUGCAUCUCCGUCGGCCUGGUUAAUGCGGCUAAGAAGUUGGGCGCCAAAUACAUCUCACAUGGCGCAACUGGGAAAGGCAAUGAUCAAGUCAGAUUCGAGUUGAGCGUUUACUCAUUGUGGCCUGAAGGAAAGAUUAUCGCCCCAUGGCGUCUGCCGGAAUUCUUCAACAGAUUCCAAGGCCGAAGCGACUUGUUGGAGUACGCCAAGCUACACGACAUUCCCGUCGCCGCCACACCCAAAGCGCCCUGGUCUACCGAUGAGAACAUCAUGCAUAUUAGCUACGAGUCGGGCGUGCUCGAGGACCCCGCCGCGGUGCCGCCCGCCGGCAUCUAUAAGAUGACUCGGGAUUUAGAGCAGGCCGAUGACUACCCCAGUACUAUCGACAUCGUGUUCGAUAAAGGUAUACCGGUGUCUGUGACCGUGCCGAGCGGGCAACAGAAGCCGCUGCGUGUGACGGACGCGCUCGCCCUGGUGGAGACGCUCAACAAACUCGGCGGACAACACGGCGUCGGCCGCAUUGAUAUCGUCGAAAAUCGCUUCCUUGGACUCAAGUCCAGAGGCCUUUACGAGACUCCGGCGGGGACGAUACUUCACGUAGCUCAUUUAGAUCUGGAAGCCUUCGCCCUGGACCGAGAAGUGUUAAGACUUAAGAAAUAUUUGCAAGACAGAAUGGCCGACUUUGUCUAUAAUGGAUUCUGGUUUUCGCCAGAAGCUACAUACACAAGGAAAUGUUUAGAGAUGUCCCAGGAAUCCGUCACUGGGUCUGUUACUCUAAAAAUAUUCAAAGGAAAUGUUAUGGUGUUGGCAAGAGAAAGUUCUAGCAGUCUUUACAACAAAGAUCUUGUGUCUAUGGACGUGGCUGGAGGGUUCUCGCCAGAAGACAGCACGGGAUUCAUAAAUAUAAAUGCUAUUCGACUGAAGGAGUACUCUAGAUUUACGAAACAUACAAAACUUUAAAACUUCGCGAUUCUCAUUAUAUUAUAACCAUUCAACUUUAA